AUGGUCGUCAACACUCGGGAUACCGACAGACAGCACCCCGGUCCGAAUGCGGCGGCUCCUGUCGGGCCAAAAUCGGGGGACGAGCUUGGCGAUGGCAUAGACGAGACUACGGCUCUUCUGGGCCCGUCCAAAGUUAAUUAUGGAAAUGCGGCUAUUUCAGAAACCCAGGACGAUGCUUCAGCGACCAAUGGCACCGAUGAGGAAAAGCCACUCCCCAAGGCCCAGGUCCUGCUACUUUGCUACGCUCGGAUGAUCGAGCCUCUCGCUUUCUUUUCGAUUUUCCCUUAUGUGAAUCAGAUGAUUCAAAAAAUGGGAGGUGUGGAAGAUACCGAUGUGGGCUUCUACAGCGGUCUCAUCGAGUCUUUGUUUUCUCUGACGCAGGCUAUCGUCAUGAUAUUCUGGGGGCGAGCAGCCGAUCGCAUUGGACGUAAACCUGUCCUGGUCUAUUCAUUGUUUGGCGUGGCCCUGGCCACGGGUCUCUUCGGCUUUGCAAAGUCGAUAUCACAGAUGAUUCUGUUCAGAUGCCUUGCUGGCAUUUUCGCAGGGACAAUCGUCACCAUUCGUACUAUGGUGGCGGAACAUAGCACGCCAAAGACUCAAGCACGAGCAUUCAGUUGGUUCGCUUUCAGUGGAAACCUAGGACUUUUCUUAGGGCCUUUAAUGGGAGGUGCUCUAGCCGAUCCUGCAACCCAGUACCCGGGCGUCUUUGGAGGCAUAAGGUUCUUCGAGGACAACCCCUACGCUCUGUCAAGCUUGGUGGUGGCAUCAGUAGGCGCUACGGCUGCUAUAACUAGCGCCUUUUUUGUUCAAGAGACCCUGAAGAAGGAGUCAGAUACAACCGAGUGCAAUGGUGAAGAGCUAGCAUCUGGUCGCCGUAACACCCUCUCGACAAGGCAGCUUUUGAAAUCACCAGGAGUGAGCAUGGUUCUAUACGUAUACGGACACAUCAUGACGCUCGCCUUUGCUUAUACCGCCAUUAUUCCGGUCUUCUGGUUCACCCCAGUACCCCUUGGUGGCUGGGGAUUCAGCUCCCUGCAGAUCUCGCUGAUGAUGGGAUUGAACGGUGCUGCCCAAGCAGCCUGGCUACUUUUGGUCUUCCCCCCAUUGCAGCAUAGAAUUGGGACGAAAGGUGUCAUUCGAUUAUGCGCUCUUGCUUAUCCAGUGUUCUUCCUAAGCUGCCCCAUUGGCAAUGUGCUACUCCGAGCGGGAUCCGAAGCGUCCAUCCGCGCCUUCUGGGUAUUUGCGCCGACAAUGCUAGUCGUCGGUUGUGGAGUCAGCAUGAGUUUCACUGCAAUCCAGCUUUCUCUGAACGACAUCUCGCCCUCACCGAGAGUUCUAGGCUUGCUGAAUGCAUUGGCGUUGACGGGUGUCAGCAGCUUGAGGGCUUUCUGCCCCGCCCUAUUCACCAGUCUCUUUGCGCUAGGAGCAAGGACACAGUUGGCGGAUGGAUACGCUAUCUGGAUACUUCUCUUUGUACUUGCUUCUGGUCUAUCACUUGCCGCAAGAUAUUUACCAGAGCCCCAGGAAACCCCAAAGCCAAGGAACGGAAACGGUCAAGCCAGAUGA